AGAUAGAUGUAAUGUGAAAUACAGGGUAGGAUGCUUCUGCCCUGGCUGUUUUUUCUCUUCCUCUCCCCUCCCCAUGUCUUUGCUUUCCCCCUGCUCCUCCCUUCCCCUCUUCCUCUCCUCCCUUUCCUAGUGAAGGGCUUUGGCUCGGUGACUUCUGCCGGCCCUCCCAGCUCCAAGGCCACAGUCCUGUGAUCUGUGUCCACUGAUCAUCCUUCCUAGGACCGCAGAGCCUUUUGCCACAAAAUGAGACCCCUCUGUACGGGUUCAGCAGACAGGGAGAUGUAUUCAGCUGAUCCCUGGGGGAUGGACAACCCUGAUGUUCCUUUCUCUAAGUAUUUUUGUACACAUAGUCUCCUUUUUACAGCUGAGCUUUGGGAAAACUUUUAUUUAAUCCGUGAUUAAGAUCAGGGGAUAUUGGGGCAAGGAGGAGGAGCUUCGUGGUCGGGAUCAGCCCCCCAUCGAAUGAGCUACCGUCUCAUGGGCUCCCCCAUGUUUGGUGCUGGCGAAGUGGCUGACCACGUUUCCCCCCCUGGUGAGGGGAAGCGGCGUUUCCCAAGCCCAGGCUUCGAGGUCUCCAAGUCCAGCUCCUUCCUUGGUGCCCCGUGGCUGUCCGCACAGCCUGCGUCUCCCACGUCACCUUCUAAGUUUGACUUCCUUGACUCAGCCCAUCUCUCCUCGAUCCUUCUCCCAUUCUGGUGGCUCAGAGAAGCUUCCCAGCCCUCCCUUCUCCCCCAGUCUCUAAGGCUCUGGUAGACACAGACUGCACUCUCUGAUUCCUAUUCCCCUUCUGUGACCCAAAGUUAGGGCAAGUGGAGGAAGGGAGCCCCCCAAAGAAGGGGGAGAAAGGCCCCUGGUCAGCAGGGCCUGAGCGGCUGUCAUCGUCCAACUGUUGCCGAAGCCUCUGGGAGCUGGCUGCGGGGGGAGGGGGUUGGCGUGACCUUGGGGCGGACAUUCUUGGCUGGCCAUGUGGCCUGGACUGGCAGGGACAGCUGCAGGCUGGGCGGGGGCUGGACGAGCCGUUUCUCGGGUGUCAUGCUCUCCCUCUACCCUGGGUCCCUCCGCUGUCCCUCCGUCCUUUGUUCCUCUAGCCGGGGGGAGGCCGCUUCUUCCAUCUCCCGGGAGAUGUGAGCCGGGGGGUCGUGCCCCUCUGUGGCACCGAGCUUCGGGCUGGCUGGUUCUGCUCUUCGCUGAGGGGCCGCUCCUCGGAUUUCAGAUUGCUUUGGGGGCCCUGGGGGUGGGGCGGAGCCGGAGAUGGGACAGGAUCAGUCCAAACAACAGAUUGAGAAGGGGCUGCAGCUCUACCAGUCCAACCAGACGGAGAAGGCCCUGCAGGUGUGGAUGAGGAUGCUGGAGAAGAGCACGGACCUCGUGGGCAGGUUCCGAGUCCUGGGCUGCCUGGUCACCGCGCACUCAGAAAUGGGCCGCUACAAGGAUAUGCUGAAGUUUGCUGUGGUGCAGAUCGACACGGCCCGGGAACUGGAAGAUGCCGACUACCUCAUGGAGAGCUACCUGAACCUGGCCCGCAGCAACGAAAAGCUCUGUGAGUUCCAGAAGACCAUCUCCUACUGUAAGACCUGCCUCAACAUGCAGGGCAUCCGGGUGGGCCAGCAGCUCAACGGGCAGGUCAGCCUGAGCAUGGGCAAUGCCUUUCUGGGACUCAGCCACUUCCAGAAGGCCCUGGAGAGCUUCGAGAAGGCCCUUCGCUACGCCCACAACAACGACGACAAGAUGCUCGAGUGCCGCGUCUGCUGCAGUCUGGGCAACUUCUACUCCCAGGUCAAGGACUACGAGAAAGCUCUGUUCUUCCCCUGCAAAGCCGCCGAACUGGUGAACGACUACGGCAAGGGCUGGAGCCUCAAGUACCGCGCCAUGAGUCAGUACCACAUGGCUGUGGCCUAUCGCAAACUCGGGCACCUGGGGGAUUCCAUGGAGUGCUGUGAGGAGUCCAUGAAGAUUGCCCUCCAGCACGGGGACCGGCCCCUCCAGGCUCUGUGUCUCCUCUGUUUUGCUGACAUCCACCGGAGCCGCAGAGACUUGGAGACAGCCUUCCCUAGGUACGACUCUGCCAUGAGCAUCAUGACGGAGAUCGGAAAUCGACUGGGGCAGGUGCAUGUCCUGCUGGGCGUAGCCAAGUGCUGGGUGACCAGGAAGGAGCCAGAGAAGGCUUUAGACGUCAUUGAAAAAGCCCAGGACCUGGCCGAAGGAUUGGGGAACAAGCUGAGUCAGCUGAAGCUGCACUGCCUGAGCGAGGGCAUCUACCGGAGCCGGGGGCAGCAGCGCGAGCUGCGGGCCCACGUCGUGCGCUUCCACGAGUGUGUCGAGGAGACGGAGCUCUACUGCGGCCUGUGCGGGGAGUCCAUUGGCGAGCGCAACAACCGGCUGCAGGCCCUGCCGUGCUCCCACUUCUUCCACCUCAGGUGCCUCCAGAACCAUGGGACCCGGAGCUGCCCCAACUGCCGCCGUUCAUCCAUGAAGCCGGGUUUUGUGUGACUCCAUUCCUGGAGUGGCCUGAGGGGGAACGGUUCCUCCUCCUGCCCUCCCUCCCCUGUCACCCCCGAGGCCUCGUCGCCUGUC